AUGGACGCCGCCGGUGAAUAUACUUUUGGAGACUUCCAGUCUCUUUCCAACAACAUUUGGGCCGAACAGCCCUCGCAGCAGCAGCAGCAGCAGCAACAGCAACAGCAGCAGCAGGUCUCCGACGACAUGAUGAAGCAGUUGCUUUUGGCGGCGAUUGCCGAGCCGCAGCAGCAGCCCCAGCAACAGCAGGAGCAGCAGCCCCUUCCCGACAAUCUUUUCGAGGGCCUGAAUUGGGAAGACCUUGCGCAGCAGCCCCUGUCCCAGGAGCUCCUGCAGCAGCACGAUCCCAUGCUGUUCCUGUCUGGGGAGGAGCAACCCCAGCAGCCCGAGCUGCCCGAACAGCCCGGGUCUCAGCUCGAAGGCCAGUCCGAGGGGCUUUUCGGGGACGAUGACCUCUUCGGAGAUGAGGAGAGCUCAAGCCCUGAAGUGGGCAACGAGAAGUCCCUUCCCUCUCCUCCUCUUCCUACACCCUCCUGUUUCUCUAUUACUCUCCCUACUUUUGAUAAUAUCCCUCCUACCCCUACUCUUCCUUCCUUCCCUUGCUCCCUCCCCGCCCCUCCUCCCCUUAACGCCGGGGACAAUGAGGUGCAGUGCAUUGACCCCCGUCUGUUGGGGAUGCCGGCUUCUGUGGCUGCUCCUGUAGCCGAUCACCCUCCUCAUGGAGUGGGUGAAUACACCCAGGGCGCCCAGGGCACCGAGGACGCCAAGGACGCCAAGGACGACGACGUCAACAUGGCCGAUAUCCCUCUGCCGUCCACGGAGACUCCUUCGCCGCGUCGCGCAUCGGUGGAGGGUACCGUGGAAAGGGCACUCGCGCCCAACACGGAGGGCAACAGAGUGGCCAAGAAGGCCGGCAAGAAGGCCGGCAAGAAGGCUACUGGGGGCCCCGUCCGCGCGGUCAAGGCCAAUUCCUGCGACGCGUGCCGCCGCAGCAAGACCAAGUGUGUGACCGCCGAAGGCGCCACAGACUGCAAUGCAUGCCUCAAGAAGCACCGUACGUGCAACGUCUCCGGUGUCGACGGCCGCACCAACAAGACCAACCGGGACCUUCUCGACACCACGUCGGCCGCCGUCAAUAAUUACCUCAGGCACGCCACCCUCCUCUGUACCGACCUCGCAGAGCACCCCGACCAGAAGCUCAUGGUACAGGCGCUUCUGCAAACCAUGGGCGAUUUUCAACAGGUCCGCUCCAUCAUCUCGAAAGUCACCGGAAGCCCCAUGAAGGCGUGGCCGUUCGCCUCGGGCCCCUUCCGCCCGCCAACUCUCGACGGGCCUACGAAACUGACCUAUGUGCGCAACUGCCGCGAUACCCAGCUCCGGCUAAUGGCCCAGAAUGACGGCAAGAUCCUCGCGUCAUUGUUGAUAAUGAUCGCUUUUGGCGAGGCUCCUCAGAUCACGGCGGCAUCUGGCCUCGUCGACCGCGUGAUGGGCCACAAUACCGCCCUGGUCGCUCUCGAGAGGUCUAUCCAAGAGAACUGCUCUUUCUAUGCUGAGCAUCCAAUUUACGAGCACAUGCGUAAGGGAAUCGAAAAGUGCUUCGAGGCGUGA